CUCUCCAGGGCUGCGGCAGGGGGCGGCUCGGCUGGAGGGGGAGGCCGUAUCCCGGCCCCACUGGAGCAAGGCGUGGUGUCCGCCUUCAAGCAACUCUACAAGCGGGAACUGCUGCGGUUGGCAGUGUCUUGCGUGGCCAGUGGGGGAGGAGGCCCAGCCGCAGGGCCCUGCCCGGCUGGGAAUGGCCCCUUGGACUUUGUGCGCUCCUUCCUGCUCAAGGACAUGCUGUACCUGGCUGGCCUCUCCUGGGACCUCAUCCCUGCUGGCUCCAUCGAGAAGUGCUGGCUGCUGGGGCUGCGCGCUGCCUUCGAGCCCCAGCCCGGGGAGGAGGAGCAGGGAGAGCCGCUGGGCGAGGAUGGAGGUGGUGGGGACAGCAAGGUCUUCAGCGACCUCACCCACCUGGCUGCUCUGGCUUACAAGCAUCUGGCACCCGAGGAAGUGGCUGAUUGGCUACACCUGGACGAUGUGGCGCCAGGCACGGAGGGGGAAGAUGGGGAAGGGGACGGUGGGGAUGAGGAACCUGGAGGCUGCGUGGGGGAGGAGGAGGAGGAGGCAGCAGGGGUGGGAGCAGGGGGAAGAGGCAGUGGAGUGGAGGAAGGAGGGGAUCCCCCACUGCCCACGGCUCAGGAAGCCAUCAGGGGCUUAGAGACAGCUCUGCGCUGGCUGGAGAGCCAGGACCCCCGGGAGGUGGGGCCACUCAAGUUGGUGCAGCUCCGCUCCCUCAUCAGUAUGGCCCAGCGGCUGCACCGAGGGGGUAGCUCAGAUUCCUAGAGGGAGCAAGGGGACAGGAGCUGGUCAGCCACCUGCUGCUGCACCUUUGAGGGUGUAGCCCCUAAACCCAACUCUACAAUGGGGGCCAGUCCUCCUACCCAUCAAUGCUUAAGGAUGGGGUCUCCUACCUUGUGGGGCUGGGAACUCCUGCCUGCUGUACGGUCACUGCAGGGUAACCCUGCCUCCUGGGGCUAAUAAGGGGGACCAACGGCCCACAAAGUGCCAUCACUUGAGGGCUAUUCCUCACUUUAAAUGUCAUUGGGAGGUGCUAGUCCCUGCUCCAUGGAUGGAGGCGGAUAAUCCCUUGCAACAUCACUGGAGGGUUAAUCCUGACCCCCGACCUCAGCACAUCCCCCAAGCUUGUGGGGCAGAGGCAGGGGGCCCUAUCCCUGCAUUCAGUGUCACUGAGAGGCCUGGGGCAUGGGCUUACCCACAUCCUCCUGGGAUUGAGGGAACAUCCCUGAGAAGGGCUUAGGUGGGGGACACAGAAAGCACACUGCCCCCCAGCUUGAUUGGAGGAGGGGAUUCUGGGACCAGCAAUGGCGGCACUGUGAGAUGGUCAGCAGUACCAGUGCUGCUGGGCGGGGAAGGCGGUUGAGCCUGGUUACUCACCACCGAAAGAGGCUCUUUCUUCUCAAGCUGUAAAGAGGGGGGAAAAAAGUGCUGGCAGGGAAGGAAGUGAAACAGGUAACCUGGCUGCAGCCUCACGGAGGUGAAUCCCGGUAGCAGCUGGAUCUAAACCCAUCACUGGACUGUAACUGCUACCCGGACGUAAACUGCAGCAGCCACUGGCUUGGGUGUCUUUGUUCACACUCUGGAGGGGGCUGGUUGCUUUUAUCCUUCCCAUCUGCUAACUGGCUGCUUCUUAUACUAGGAUGGGUUUAAAUCAGCGGUGGGUUUCACAUGCACUGGAUUGGAACUGGUACGCUCUGGGCUGGGGGUAUUCUUGAUAAGCUGCAGGCCACCCUAAGAGUUGGUGAGCUAAUGUCCACUCCAUGGUGACUUGAUGUGCAUGAGGGCUGCUCUAGCUCUUAAACCAUGGAUACUUAAGACUUCCAAAAAAAACCCCACUUUAUUUUCCAGUCUUAUAGCAAAACAGUUAAGCUCGGUGGCCAGGAAGAGACUAAAACUCCCUUCAGCAGUGGGAUAUUCUGCAAGCAGAUUGCUGGUUUUGCCUCUUGGAGGCUGCCCGUAACAUGACCUGCAGCUGGGGUGAGGCAGAAAUUGGUGUGGUCCACAACAUUUCUAUUAAAAAAUACAGGUAUGAGAUUCCAAUUGGAAUCUUUCUUUGCCUGAUUUUUUUUAAUUACUUUUAGUCUGCUAUUUAGCAACAAAAAAAAUAGUUGAACAGUUCUGCAUUGUGGGGAUGGAUACAUAGCCAUCUUUUCCAUCUCGUAACUUCAGAGUCUAUGAAGAGCUAAUCGAUUUCUAUUCCACUUUGGGGGCUUUUGGUAAAUCGUUCCUUUAGCCGGAUGUAUAGUGAAGCAAAAUAGAUUUUAAUGUGACUUUUCUUCAAAAUGAUGUGGCAAGUAAGCUUUUGAUUUAACCCUUGAAAUUGCAUUCACUGUUCAACUGUAUGUGAUCCUAAAUUUGUUUCAGUAGGCAAAGUCAUCUAGUUAUCUGUAAAAACACUGGCUGCUCUGAAAAAGAAUCUCUUGAAUUGUGGUUCAGCUCUUGCUUCUGAGCCCAUGAACUAAUACUGAGAGUUGUUUACAAAAUAAAAUCUCAUAUCUUGAGAUGAAGAAGAGUGAAUAAAUUAAUACAGUUGCCUUAUAAA